AAUAGCGCUGUGAUGUGUGGCCUUCUUGUAGAGGUGUGAUAUCCCCGAAGUAGUGCAUCUAGGCCUGUGAUGAGGACCUGUGGUCUUUGAUUCCAAAGGAUAGAGCUUUUGGGGGAAUGACAAGAUGAGCCCUUUCUUCUUUCUGGGUAUUGGACAUUCUCAUCUGGCCUAUUCCUGGACUAGAAGUGGAUUUUUCAACUCAACAAAUGAGACAUACUGCUACAGCACUGCCCGGGGCAGCACGGUGCUCCAGGGAGUAACUUUCGGUGGAAUCCCAACUGUCUUGCUGCUUGAUGUCACCUGCUUUUUUAUUUUAAUAUUGUUGUUUUCCAUUAUAAGGAAGAGAUUCUGGGACUACGGACGUGUUGCCCUUGUGUCAGAAGCUGAAGGUGGAGUAAGAUAUACCCACUCAUCAGCAUCUUCAUCAGCACCUGAAGUUCUUGAAUAUGACAGUGGCUUUUGUUCUUGGAUGGCGGCUGCAUUUCGGAUGCAUGAUGAUGAGAUUCAUGACAGAUGUGGUGAAGAUGCCAUACAUUACCUUACCUUCCAACGUCACAUCAUCUGCUUGUUGGUUGCUGUCAGCAUUUUGUCUGUUGGUGUCAUAUUGCCUGUCAACUUAUCGGGUGAUCUUCUUGUUAAAGAUCCCUACAGUUUUGGAAGAACAACUAUACAGAACUUAGAAACUGGUAACAAUCUUCUUUGGCUGCACACAUGUUUUGCUGUUGUUUACCUGAUUCUGACUGUUGUCUUCAUGAGUCAUCACAUGAAAACAGUCACAUAUAAAGAAGAAAAUAUGGUUAAGUGCACAUUGUUUAUAACUGGUCUUCCAAGAAAUGCAAAACAAGAAGCUAUUCAAGGCCAUUUCAUUACUGCCUACCCAACUUGCACUGUGCUGGAAGUCCAGCUAUGUUAUGAUGUAACCAGGCUUAUUCAUCUAUUUAGAAAAAGAAAUGAGGCAGAAAGAAGCCUGAGUUACUAUAAACAUAUGUAUGAGAAGCAUGGCAAUCGAGUCAAAAUCAACCCUAAGCCAUGUGGUCAGUUCUGCUGCUGUGAAAUGAAAGGAUGUGAAAGGGAAGAUGCUGUAGAUUAUUAUACUAGAGUUACAAAUGAACUGAUUGAAGAAUUUUCAAAAGAGGAACAAGCAGUUCAAAACAAACCAUUAGGAAUGGCAUUUGUGACAUUUCAAGAGAAAUCCAUGGCAACCUAUAUCCUUAAGGACUUCAAUGCCUGCAAAUGUCGGAGUAUUAAGUGUAAGGGAGAACCCCAGCCAUCAUCCUACAGCAAGGAAUUGUGUGUGACAAACUGGGAAGUUAAGUAUGCUACGUAUCCUGAGAAUAUAUGUUGGAAUAAUCUUUCAGUGCGUGGGCUGAACUGGUGGGUCAGAUGGUGGUGCAUUAAUUUGUCUCUUCUUAUUUUGCUCUUUUUUCUUACUACUCCAUCCAUAAUCAUAUCAACCAUGGACAAGUUCAAUGUCACUAAACCUAUUCACUACCUUAACAAUCCUAUCAUCAGUCAAUUCUUCCCAACGCUCUUGCUCUGGUCCUUCUCAGCUUUGCUGCCAACAAUUGUUUAUUAUUCAACAUUGCUGGAGUCCCACUGGACAAAAUCUGCAGAGAACAGAAUAAUGAUGCAUAAAGUCUACAUAUUUCUGAUCUUCAUGGUAUUGAUUCUGCCUUCCCUUGGUCUCACUAGCCUUGAUUUUUUCUUCCGUUGGCUGUUUGACAGAGAGUCGUCUGAUUCUGCCAUUAGGCUGGAAUGUGUCUUUUUGCCUGACCAGGGAGCGUUCUUUGUGAACUAUGUGAUUGCCUCUGCUUUUGUUGGCAAUGGGAUGGAGCUGCUGCGCCUGCCUGGCCUCAUCCUUUACACCAUACGCAUGAUAAUGGCCAAGUCCAGUGCAGAAAGAAAAAAUCUUUCCUAGCAACAGGCAUUUGAAUAUGAAUUUGGAGCAAUGUAUGCCUGGAUGUUGUGCGUGUUCACUGUCAUCAUGGCCUAUAGCAUUACAUGCCCCAUUAUUGUCCCAUUUGGGUUAAUAUAUAUGCUCCUGAAGCACAUGGUUGACCGUUAUAACCUUUACUAUGCAUACCUCCCUGCUAAGCUGGAGAAAAAGAUGCACUUUUCAGCAGUGAAUCAGGCUCUUGCAGCUCCAAUUCUCUGCCUUUUCUGGCUUUAUUUUUUUUCUUUUUUGAGGUUGGGCUUUAAAGCACCUACAACAAUGUUUACAUUGCUAGUUGUCAGCAUCACAAUUGCUGUUUGCGUGGCUUAUACUUGUUUUGCGUGUUUCAAGCACCUGAGCCCACUGAACUAUAAGAUAGAAGAUAUUCAAGGUGAAAGUGGAGACAUAGAUGUACGAACCAUUCCGGCAUCUUCUAUGUACAUCCCUCGAGUUUUGCAGUCUCGUGCUACAGAAAGGACGAUGUUUGCCCAUGAGGAGAAGCAAACAUAUGGUACCAUGGGCAACGAUACUUUAGGGGCAGAAGUCACAACUUACUCUGCCCAAUCAGCAAUUGAAAGAAUAGCAGAAGGAUCCAUUUGAGUGCCAAGGACUAACACAAGGUGGAGCACUUGAUCCAACUUUGGAAGAACUGAUUCCUUACCAUUGUCUAUUAAGAAUUCUGAUUCACAGAUUACUGCCUACAGAAGAGAUACAGAAAUGAUUCAUUGUGUGGUCUGCAGCUGUGCUUGGAGAUUAAAAAGCCAGAUGCCUUGGGACUGAUUGUUUACCCUGCUGUCUACAAGCAUUGCAAAAUAAACAUGUUGAACACGGAGCUACUGAUCCUCAGGGACUUCAUGUCUGCUACUUCAUUGCUUUCCUUACAAAGAUAACUUAUGCUGCAUAUAGAUAUCUGAUCACCAAAGCAAAUGCCGCUCUAUUACCAAAUGUCAUUUAUUUAUUGAAAAUGAUUCUAAUUUUUUAAAAGCUUUAGUAUUUAUAAACUCCUUGGUAUGUGCUAAAUCCUGAAAGUAGUGCCACUUUUUGAUAAAAGUACUGUUUGUGUGGGAGCUGAGGAUGGUGUGUGGGAAUCUCUCCUUUUGCCCCUCAAAGUAGUUGGUAUACACUUGAGCACUUUUAUUUUCCUAAAUGAGAUGAGGGAGUUACUGUGCACUUGGAUACUAAAAGUGCCAAAGCAUAGGACUAGUGUAAAAAAGGGAGUCACUUACCUGAUACUGCUUUUAUAUAAUUAUGGAGGGCACUUAGUUGUUAGUUUUUGCUCACUAUUUUUAAGGACCUUCCACAAUGAAUGCUUACCUGCCACCAAUAAAGGAUGUAAACAUUUUAUCUUUCUUUUAAUCUUAGGCCAGAAGAACAAUUCUCUGGGUUUUUUGUUUUUUGGUUUUUUUUUUCUGAUGCCAAUAUAAGGUGUACAAUACUAAGAUUUUAAAUUAUGUAGUAAGUGCCAAUUUAUUUCAGACUACAUUGCAUCAAAGUGUAACUAGUGAUCAUAAAGCAAUAAAACACUGGGUUCCGAGAUA